AUGCUCCGCGCAGCAGCUGCGCUCCCACUGAAGCACACGCGUAUAGCGGCGCUAUGUACACCAUACGAGUCGCAGCACCUCCCUUCUCAUUCCUGUGAAAAGGGAGGGUGCGCAGGCAAGACAUUCUCGGUGCAUGGCCCAGUAGGAAAGAACGAACAUCGUACAGUCAGUCGGGGGGGGACCCCUCAGCAGCCACCUCCUGGCUCUCACACAUAA